CUUAUUUUUAGUUUUAGAAAUCUUGGUUGAUACGAUCCCCCAUUUUUAAGGGGAGUGUGACAUGCAUUUAUAUAAGAAACUAAUCCAAUAUACUUACUCUACUCUUCAAUCAUGAUUCAUCUCUCACUCUACAUUACUCAUAUUAUUCUGUGUCAGAACAAUACUUAGGCUUUGCUUACAACUGAGGGAAAUGCUUUUGAAUCUCUCUCACUUUAAUUGCUGCUUCUUCCCUUUUUGAUGGAAUAUAUAUAUAUUCAUAGUUUUGAUUGAAGAUAAAUUGAUUCUAUUUAGAAAACCAGUAUGGGAUUUGAUAAUCCAAGAUCUGAGAGGUUUGAAUUUGAAGAUGAUUCUGAUAUAUCAAAAAUUCCAACAACAAAUGGUGUUAAGGUGAAAUACCACAUUGAUGGAACACAAAUACCUGAACCAAGUUCCAAAAAGUCUCAAAAGAAGGUUACAAUUACAGGGAAGAAAUUUUUGAAAACUAGAGUAUUAUCAAGAGUAUUCUCAGAAGACUAUGAAAGAGUAAAAAGAAGAGUAUUAGAUCCUAGGGGACAAAUCAUUCAUCGUUGGAACAAGAUAUUUUUGAUAGCAUGUUUAGUGUCUUUGUUUGUGGAUCCUCUGUUUUUUUAUUUGCCAGUAGUUAGAGAUGAAGUGUGUAUUGAUAUUGGAAAUACUCUUGAAGUUAUUCUUACAAUUGUUAGAUCAAUUGGGGAUUUGUUUUAUAUGGUUCAGAUUUUUAUCAAGUUUCGUACAGCUUAUGUUGCUCCUUCUUCCAAAAUAUUUGGGAGAGGAGAACUUGUUGUUGGAUAUCCUAAGAUUGCUUUUAGGUACUUUCGCAAGGGAUUUUUGUUGGACUUCAUUGCUGCAUUGCCUCUUCCUCAGGUGUUGAUUUGGAUUAUUAUACCAACACUAAGGGGUUCAACCAUGGCAAACACAAAAAACGUCCUUCGUUUUUUCAUCAUUUUCCAAUAUAUUCCAAGGCUGUUUUUGAUUUUUCCACUUUCAUCACAAAUUGUAAAAGCUACAGGAGUUGUCACAGAAACAGCAUGGGCAGGUGCUGCUUACAACCUCAUGCUUUACAUGUUGGCCAGCCAUAUUUUAGGAGCUUGCUGGUACCUUCUAUCAAUUGAACGUCAAGAAGCAUGUUGGAGAAAUGUUUGCAAAAUGGAAAAAUCAUAUUGUGAAUAUGGAUUCUUUGAUUGCCACAGGAUUAAAGAAGCCCUCAGGGUCACCUGGUUUUUAACUAGUAAUGUCACAAAUUUAUGUUCACCAAAUGCUGACUUUUAUCCCUUUGGUAUAUAUGCUGAUGCCAUGACUUCACAAGUUACAUCCUCUCCAUUCUUCAAUAAGUACUUCUUUUGUCUCUGGUGGGGCUUAAGGAAUCUAAGUUCUUUGGGACAAGGCCUUCUUACUAGCACUUUUGUUGGAGAAAUAAUGGUUGCCAUUAUUGUUGCAACUCUUGGAUUGGUUCUUUUCGCAUUGCUGAUUGGUAAUAUGCAGACAUACCUCCAAUCGAUAACAGUUCGCCUCGAAGAGUGGAGAGUGAAAAGAACUGAUACAGAACAAUGGAUGCAUCACAGGCAGCUACCUUCGGAAUUAAGAGAGUCUAUUCGUAAAUAUAAUCAAUAUAAAUGGGUGGCUACACGGGGAGUAGACGAAGAAGAUCUUCUCAAAGGACUUCCAAUUGAUCUUAGGAGAGACAUCAAACGCCACCUUUGUCUUGAACUAGUUCGAGGAGUUCCAUUGUUUGAUCAAAUGGAUGAGAGGAUGCUAGACGCAAUAUGCGAAAGACUAAAGCCUGCAUUGUGCACUGAGGGAACUUAUCUUGUUCGCGAAGGUGAUCCAGUGAACGAGAUGCUAUUUAUAAUUCGAGGCAACCUUGAUUCUUACACCACAAACGGAGGCCGAGACGGAUUCUUCAACUCAUGUCGAAUCGGACCAGGUGAUUUCUGUGGUGAAGAACUGUUAACAUGGGCCUUAGAUCCAAGACCAAGUGUAAUACUCCCUUCUUCAACAAGAACAGUUAAAGCUAUCUCAGAAGUUGAAGCCUUUGCACUCAUAGCUGAAGACCUUAAGUUUGUUGCAUCUCAAUUUAGAAGACUGCAUAGUAAACAACUUAGGCAUAAAUUCAGAUUUUACUCACACCAAUGGAGAACUUGGGCUGCUUGUUUUAUUCAAGCUGCAUGGAGAAGACACAAGAAAAGGAAGGAAGCUGCUGAACUAAGGGCUAAGGAGAAUCUUGUGGCUGCUUCAGAGGCUGAAAUAUCUACAAAACAUGGGUCAGGUUUUGUUGUGUAUGGAACAAGGGUGGCAAGGAGUACAAGAAAAAGUGUUCAUAUGCAUUCUGGGACAAAUUCUGGGGUGGUAAGCUCUUUGCAGAAGCCAACAGAACCAGAUUUUUCUGUUGAAUAAUAAAUAUAUAUAAUAUCCCUCCAUUUCUUUGUCACUUAGUCUCUUUCAUUGUAUUUAUUUGUUUUGAAUAAUUUGUUUAUAUGAAUUAGAGAUAGGAAUUAAAAUUUAAUUUAUAUACACAGCAAAUAGUUUUACACCGAAGUUACAACUGUUAAA